AUGGCCAUGUAUACUCCUGCCAGCUUGUUGCUUAUCCUUGUAGUUGUAGCAGCGGAACUCCAUAGUCCUACGUUUGCCUCCCAUGUGGCUUCUAGCUCCUGCAUACCGCACGAGAGGGAGGCCCUGCUGGCCUUCAAGAGAGGCAUCACCAGGGAUCCUUGGGGCUUCCUCGUGUCGUGGCAACGAGGCGGCGAAGACUGCUGUAAGUGGAACGGUGUCGUGUGCAGCAACCACACCGGCCAUGUCCUCAAGCUUCAACUUGGCACCUAUUCACUGGUUGGCCAGAUAAGUCACUCUUUGCUUUCACUGGAGCAUCUAGAGCACCUCGAUCUGAGCGGGAAUAGUCUCAAUGGCUCAUCCGGUGGUCGUAUUCCAGAGUUUUUGGGCUCUAUGAACAGCCUAAAGCAUCUGGACCUGUCUAGUAUACCAUUUUCUGGUAGAGUGCCUUCUCAGCUCGGCAACUUGUCAAACCUGCAAUAUCUUGACCUUUCUUCGUCAACACAAAACAGUUUGCUUCGGUCAACAGAUCUGUCAUGGCUAACACACCUGCAAUUCCUUCAGUAUCUUAACCUCUGUGCAGUAAAUCUCGGCGCAGUUCGUGACUGGGCUCUUGCAGUGAACAUGCUUCCUUCUCUCAAGGUCCUUGAAUUCUCUAGGUGUUCACUUACAAAUGCAAACCAAUCUCUCCCACGCCUUAAUCUUACAAACCUUGAGGUGCUCGAUCUCUCUGGCAACUUACUUGACCAUCCAAUUGCAUCAUGUUGGUUUUGGAACAUAACACAUCUCAAGCACCUAAAUCUUGAAUCCACAGAUUUGUAUGGUCCACUUCCCCUUGCACUAGGAGGCAUACUACCAAACGAGAUGGGGCAAUUGACCAGCUUGAAUUUUCUUGACCUGGGUCAGAAUAGUAUCAGUGGAGUAAUACCAAACUGCAUGGGGCAAUUAACUAGUUUAGCUUAUCUUGAUCUGUCACAGAAUAAUAUCAGUGGAAUGAUGCCAGAUUCAAUGCGGACGUUGACGGGCCUAGUGUAUCUUGACCUCACCUAUAAUAACAUUACUGGACCUCUACCAUCAUUUGUUGGGCUGUUUACCAGCUUAAGUUACAUUGACCUGUCGUACAACCACCUGACUGGACACGUGCCACGUGAGAUUGGCAUGAUCGGAAAUUUGGAAAAUCUAGACCUAACUAGUAACAAUCUGGAUGGCACCAUCACAGAGGAACACUUUGCUAGUCUGAAGAGCCUACGGUGUACCUUUUCAAAGGCCAUGUAUUUGAACAUCUCCAACAAUCAAAUCCACGGAGGGUUGCCAGAAAACAUGGAACGCAUGUCGGUACAACAACUCUAUCUUGGUUCAAACCAAUUAACUGGUGCAAUACCUCCCAUGCCGAUUAGCCUGACCACGUUGGACUUGUCAGGAAACCUUUUAUCAGGACCUUUGCAGUAA